AUGGCGGCAAAUCUCGCUUCAAUUGUCCCUCUACUCGAGGCUACACUUAGCCCAAAAGAGCAUAAACAAGCCGAAGCUGCCCUUCGACAGGAAGAACGAAAGCCAGGAUAUUCCCUACAGCUUCUACAUAUCACAGCCAACCAAGAAUGUUCAUUCACUACUCGCCUGGCCAGUGCACUUUAUUUCAAAAAUUUUAUUAAGUGGAAUUGGACAGACGAGAAUGGAAACUACAAGUUACCGGAGAAUGAUGUUGUCACUAUCAAACAAGAGCUCAUAAGCCUUAUGAUAUCAAUGCCCCCAGGAAUUCAAUCUCAACUAGGAGAAGCUGUUAGUGUAAUAGCAGAUAGUGAUUUCUGGAGGCGGUGGGAUACGCUUGUUGAUGAUCUUGUGUCACGUCUCUCUCCGGACAACAUUUCAGUAAACAUAGGUGUUCUACAGGUUGCGCAUUCUAUAUUCAAGAGGUGGCGGCCGCUCUUCCGCUCAGACGAACUUUAUGAAGAGAUAAACCACGUGUUGAGCAAGUUUGGCCAACCAUACCUGGCACUCUUCGAGAGCUUAGAUUCCUUUCUUGAGCAGAACAAGAACAACAAAGAAAAGAUCCAGCAAGGGUUUUGCCAGCUAAAUUUGAUGGUAAAAUUAUUUUACGACCUUUCGUGCCACGACCUUCCACCAAUGUUUGAAGACCAUAUAAGUGCUCUUUCUGCUCUACUUCUGAAAUAUCUCACUUACGACAACCCGCUCCUUCACUCCGACACCGAAUUGGAAGCCAGUGAGCUGGAGUUUGUGAAGGCCGGUAUAUUUGAAGUACUGAUCCUUUAUGUACAAAAAUUCAUGGAUGUUUUUGGGCCCCACGUUGAGCAGUUUAUCGGUAGUUCUUGGAAUCUACUCACAACAAUUGGGCAGGACACAAAAUAUGACAUUCUAGUCAGUCGUGCUCUACAGUUCUUGACAUCAGUUGCUCGCCUAUCAAGUCACGCGAAUGCGUUCAAAGAUGAGGCGACCCUCAGCCAAAUCACAGAGAAGGUCAUUCUACCGAAUAUUUCCUUGCGAGAAUCGGAUAUUGAAAUGUUCGAGGACGAGCCUAUUGAAUUCAUUCGUCGUGACCUCGAGGGUGGCGACAGCGAAACCAGGCGGCGGGCGGCCACAGACUUCUUGAGACAGCUCCUGGAAACUUUUGAGGAGUCAGUAACAAAAAUUGUAACCAAGUACAGCGACCAUUUCUUGGCAGAAUAUUCCAAGUCUCCAUCGGAACACUGGCAGUCCAAAGAUACUGCAAUAUAUUUGUUUUCAGCGAUUGCUGCUAAGGGAAUUGCUACUACUGCUCAUGGUGUUACGACUACCAACCCCUUAGUCAACAUUACAGAAUUUUUUCAAACCCAUUUGGCCUCUGACUUAACUGCAGCAACUGGUAUUCAUCCUCUACUAAAAGUAGAUGCCAUAAAAUAUCUCUAUUCAUUCCGCAGCAUUAUCACAAAAGAGCAAUGGCGGGAAAUCCUCCCCAUGCUGGUGCAAUAUCUUGGGUCGUCAGUCUAUGUUGUGUAUACAUAUGCCGCCGUUGCUCUCGAAAGGGCUCUCUGUCUCAGCGACCAUCAACACCAGCCCAUUAUUUCUGCCAGUGAAAUUAUCCCAUUAACCCCACAGCUCCUAGAGCAUGUUUUCCAACUCAUAGAAAAGGAUCCAUCGCCGCCAAAAGUCCAAGAGAAUGAGUUUCUCAUGCGUUGCAUCAUGAGGGUGUUAAUCGUGAUCAAGGACGGUGUUAUUCCAAUCGUUGACCCAAUCCUGCAGCAUCUUAUGAAAAUAACUGAAAUCAUCAGCACGAACCCAAGCAACCCACGAUUUUACUAUUACCAUUUUGAAGCUCUUGGGGCUUUAAUAAGGUUCGGGGCUCCUGCGCAGCCCGAAAAAUUUGAAGGGAUGCUCUAUGCUCCUUUUGUCAAUGUGUUACAGAGCGAUAUACAAGAAUUUAUGCCAUACGUUUUCCAACUUCUCGCCGCACUUCUGGAAGCCCAGCCUUCCAAUCAGCUCUCGGGGGAUUAUCAAAACUUACUGUCUCCGAUUCUCCUUCCUACAAUGUGGGAAGCGCGGGGAAACAUUCCCGCCCUUGUUCGAUUAUUAUCAUCCAUUCUACCCCGCGGCGCCGAAAUAAUCACGAAAAAUAACCAGAUCGAGCCUAUUCUGGGAAUAUUUCAGAAGCUGGUUUCGUCAAAACUCAAUGAAAGCUAUGGCUUCGACCUCCUUGAAAAUGUUAUUCUCACAUUUUCGCCGAAAAUACUGGAACCAUACUUUCCAACAAUAAUUCAAAUAGUUCUAACACGUCUCCAAAAUUCUAAAACGGAGAAUUUUUCUCUGCGAUUUGUUCGGUUUUACCAUUUCAUAUCUGCACUGGAUGACAACGGAUAUGGCUGCGACUUUUUCAUUCAGGUAACCGAGAAUCUUCAGUCUGGGGUUUUUACUCCGAUAUAUCUCAACAUAAUCCUUCCAGAAUCGCGUAAGCUCGCUCGUCCCUUAGACCGAACAGCAGCCUUGAUCUCGUUUACAAAGACACUUGCAAACUCUGAGGCAUUUGCCAAUCGUUACAAGAAAGGAUGGGGGUUCACCUGUGAAGCUCUUCUCAACCUUGUUAGCCAACCACCUCUCCCUGCUAGCAAAGAUGACAUCAUCAUGGAAAAUGAUGUCGAAGAUAUGGCCUUUGGAGUCGGGUUUACUCAACUGAACACAGUUAGAAAAAGCCCGCAUGACCCGUGGGGACAGAUCGGCCCCAAUUUUGGUAAUUGGGUAAGCUCCUACCUUAAGGAAGCGGAUAGGAAACAUGGUGGCCGCAUUACCGGGUUUGCACAGGAGCGUUUGAGUCCAGAAGCUAAGGCUGGAUUGGCGACUUAUUUGGGUGGAUAG